AUGGCAGAUCCUAUGGUCGAGGGUGACGCGGGCGCUGAGAACAUUGAAAUGGGGCUGCAAGACCUGCCGGAAGGCGAGUGGUUCCUGCCGAUCAUCUUCCAGCCCCCGGUAUAUGAGACCAUGGAGCUUUCUCCAGGAGUGUCUAUGAUAGACAUGAACACCGGGAGAAAGAGGUCGCAGCCGCCCCUGCAUGGACAGAUGUCGCGACAGGAGUAUCUUUCAGCAAAGGGAGGAAGCAGUCCACCGUCCGAAGAGGUGCAUACGGAUCCGCUCGAGGCUCCGGUGGAUGCGAACGUGGCGGAUAUCCAGCAGCAGUUCCAGGUCUUAUCCUUGCUGUAUCCGCCAAUGCGGCUUCGCAGCCCAUCUUCCAGACCGGCAACAGCUCCUUCGCGCCGCAGCCGAGCCUUCGUACCUCAUCCCAAGGACAAAGUCAUGGGAGGCACGAUUGUCGCAGACAAGGAGCUACUUCAGAAAUUAUUCGGCACGAAACAAGCAGAGGGUGCCAAGUGUCGGUCACAGAGGUAA